AUGGCCAGUCAACAAGCACCCAGCCAAUCCAAGUCAAUCGACGAGUAUCGAGCGUUAUACAAAACAUAUCUGGAACACUGCAACGCCCAUGACUUUGAAGCGAUGAGAUCAUUCUACGCAUCCCCUCUCGUCGUCAACGACAAGCCAAUAACCCCAGAAGAAGCAACAUCUUCCUUCCAACCCAUGAUCGACGCAUUUCCCGACUGGCACUGGAACCUGCGAAACCUCACCAUCGAGGGCGACUAUCUUUCCCUUCUAUUCAAAGUCACGGGCACUCACAAGGGUGAUUUUCGAGGCUACAAAGCCACAGGCCGCAAGAUUGAGACGAAUCAGUUCACGCUGUACCAUGUCGUGGAUGGGAAAUUCGCCCAGGUCUGGGACCUGGUUGAUUUCGAGACCUUGAUUUCGCAGAUCAAAUAG